CGGCCGCCCGAACGCUACGAGCCCACCAAUGAAAAGGCGGCGCGUUGCCCCGUGACGCCCGCCCGCCGCGGGUGUGUCGCUGGGCUGCGGGCACCCUAGGACUGGGUGCCACCCUCCGGGAGCGCAGCCUGGGACCCACGGCGCCCCACUCGGCCGCCGCCACGGCCGCCGACAGGCGCGGCACCCCGGGGCUGCUCCCUGUGCGCACGCGCCGCCGCCGCAGUGCGCACGCGCCGCCCAGGCAGGCGCGGCGCCUGCGCUCUCGCGCACCGGGGCCGCCGCGGGUGCCAUGAAGCUGCCGCGGCGCGCGUGGCGGCGGCGCGCGGCGCUGGGCCUGGGCGCGCUGGCGCUGGGCGGCGCAGCGCUGCUGUUCCUGGCGCGCUGCUCCCCCGAGGGCCCGGGGGCGGCGCCGGGCCGCGGCCCAGCACCUGCCGCCGCGCCCGCGCCCGUGGCCACCGCCUUCCUGGCCGUGCUGGUGGCCAGCGCGCCCCGCGCCACCGAGCGCCGCAGCGCCGUGCGCAGCACGUGGCUGGCGGCGCGGCGCGGGGGCCCCGGCGACGUGUGGGCGCGCUUCGCUGUGGGCACGCGCGGGCUGGGCGCCGAGGAGCUGCUUGCGCUGGAGCGCGAGCAGGCGCGACACGGGGACCUGCUGCUGCUGCCGGCGCUGCGCGACGCCUACGAGAACCUGGCCGCCAAGGUGCUGGCCAUGCUGGCCUGGCUGGACGAGCACGUGGCCUUCGAGUUCGUGCUCAAGGCGGACGACGACUCGUUCGCGCGGCUGGACGCGCUGUUGGCCGAGCUGCGCGCCCGCGACCCCGCGCGCCGCCGCCGCCUCUACUGGGGCUUCUUCUCGGGGCGCGGGCGCGUGAAGCCGGGGGGCCGCUGGCGCGAGGCCGACUGGCAGCUGUGCGACUACUACCUGCCCUACGCGCUGGGCGGCGGCUACGUGCUCUCGGCUGACCUGGUGCACUACCUGCGCCUGAGCCGCGAGUACCUGCGCGCCUGGCGCAGCGAGGACGUGUCCCUGGGCGCGUGGCUGGCGCCCGUGGACGUGCAGCGCGAGCACGACCCGCGCUUCGACACCGAGUACCGGUCGCGCGGCUGCAACAACCAGUACCUGGUGACGCACAAGCAGAGCGCGGCGGACAUGCUGGACAAGCACCGCACGCUGGCGCGCCACGGCCGCCUGUGCCGCCGCGAAGUGCAGCUGCGCCAGUCCUACGUGUACGACUGGUCGGCGCCGCCGUCGCAGUGCUGCCAGCGCCGGGAGGGCGUGCCCUAGGCGGAGGCCUCGCGCCGCGGCCACCUGCACUCCCUGGCCCCCAGCCCCUGGACUGGCCCUGCGGGGUGGGCUUGGUGGCGCCCGGGACCCCACUCCUGUGCCCGACGCUGCGCACUGCGGCCGUGGACUCGGGGUCUGCGUUGCUGGCGAGCACGAGCCAGCGUUCCCUUUGGCUUGUUCGUGUGUGUGCGUGGCGCGGGUCCUGGUAUCUCCCAGAUCCCCUUCCACCUCGCCGCCGGGAUUCGGACACGUGGGCGGGAGCGCGUGGUUUGCAGGGGAAUCGCGGCACCGGUUCCGGAGUCUGCAGCGGCGGCCGCCGUAGCCCCUGCCCUGUGCACCCCGGGCCCAGGCUCCGGGAGGCGGAGACCCAGCUGUGGCCCCGCUCCUCCGCCUGCAGCUGCCCGAGUGGGGCGGGGUCCAGCGCUGGCCUGCCUCCUCGUGUCCAUUCGUUUGGAUGCUCCGGUUUGCGCUGCUUUUGUUGGAAGAAGCAUCCAGGACCUGAAGGGCUCCCGCAGUCCCGGAGGGCGGUGCCGGGUCUCCAGGCAGCCACCUCGGCAGCCAGCGCCACUGCCCUGCACAGCCCUGCCCUGAUCAGGGUCCCUGAGGUGACCGCGGUUGGUGGCAGCAGGGCCAGCAGGAUGAGGCUCUGCCCCCCCGUGGUGGGGUUAGGCCCUGAGCUUGGGAAGGGUGGGGAGGCUGACGCUGGCCGAGGACCACAGGGCAAAGCGGGGCUGAGCCAGGGUCCACACUGCCCGGUCUCUGCUUGGCUCCGGGGUCCAUCCCUCUGCGAAGUCCAUGAGUUUACUGAUGGUUCCGGGGAAGAAUUCUGAUUCCCAGUGCCAGAGGAAGCUCUGUGUGGCCGGGCCCAGCCGGGUGGCGUUUGCUCUGGGGUUCGGCUACAACAGGCCAAAGAGCCAGUGCUGCCCAGGGGAAUGGACGCUGCGUCACGGGCACAAGCACCGAGCAGGACAGCCUGGGGACUGGUGAAGCGGCCGGCUCCCUGCUGAUGCACCUGGGAAAGCGAUGGACGAUGGCCCAAGAACUUGGGCCCCUGCCACCCAUGUUGGAGACCCAGAUGGAGUUCCCGGCUUCUGGCCUCCGCCUGGCUGUUGUGGCCACUGUGGGAGCAAGCCAGCAUGUGCCAGAGCUCCCCCUGGCUCUUCCAAAUAAACAACUCCAGUGAAACAA